UCGCAAUACUUCCUGAUCCCAGAAGCAAAAAUCUUCUGUUGGCUGCCCUCUCUCAGCGCGCGAUGUGUUCCUGUUGCCCCAAAGCGUGAACUAAAGCCGUGCUCUCUUCCCUGCAGAAUUUCCUACGACCCCGCCAGGUACCCGAAGUACCUGCCCGAGGCCUAUUGCCUGUGCAGGGGCUGCCUGACCGGGCUGUUCGGGGAGGAGGACCUGCGCUUCCGGAGCGCCCCGGUGUACAUGCCCACCGUCAUCCUGAGGCGGACCUCGGCCUGCGCGGGCGGCCGCUCGGUGUACGUGGAGGAGUACGUCACCGUGCCGGUGGGCUGCACCUGCGUCCCCGAGCAGGAGAAGGAAGCAGACAGCAGCAACUCCAGCAUGGACAAGCAGGGCCCCAAGCUCCUGCUCAGCCCCAGCGACAAGCCGGGCCGGCCCUGAGGCCCUGCCGUUGUCCGAGGCCCCUCUCCCUGGAGCGUGCGGGCUGGUUCCACCUCCCAGGAGCGAAAACGAAGACGGAAAGGGGUAAAGGACACAACUGAACGGGAGAGGUUUCCGACCCGACUGCUGGGCAGCUCACUCUCACACAGCAUCAUCCCCUGGUUUUCUUGGAGGCAGCAGCACAGGGUCGGUGAAGGCUGCCGGGAAGUUACCCGGUACAUGGCAGCAGGCAGGGCGCGGACAGCCAGGGCCCGCAGAAGGUGGCUGGAGCCUGGCAAGCGCAGAAGUGUCUUCAUGGCCCUCCCUCCGUGGCCCUCCGGGCUCAGACCCUUCCCCCACCCCCCAGCUACAGUGCGGCGCCCUUAGGACGCUCUGGGAAGCGGGGCGAGCCUUCACAAGAUAGAUGGUAAAUGGGUGCUUCUAAAAGAGGGCUUUUUUUUUUUAAGUGGAAUAUAUACCUACUCUUUUGUUCAAUGUUUUCAAUGAGGCAGAAACUAUUUUUAUAUUAGGAAUUUUGAGUAUAUUAAAAAUUUUUUACUUGACAUGUAUUUUAUAACCAUUCUGUUUUCAGUUCCUCUGGUAAGAUUUUUUAGAAGCACAGCUGGAAUCCUCAGAUAAACUUUUUAGCUGGCACUGGGGCCCGAGUCCCUGAAUUCAGCCUGUCCCCAGUUGCUGACCAUAACAAAACGGACAGGGUUGAAUGUGACCUCCAGUGAAGAUUUUCACAGGCUGCUCCAUGAAUAAAAGAGAAGCGCAGGAGGCUCAGCUCACCCCGGGCUGGCCAGGCAUUCCAGAAACCUCAAACGUGGUUUGUUCGUGACUGUAUAAAUGGCCACAGAUGUAUACAAUUAAAUACUUUUUCACUUUUGAAAGUAAGUGGAGCCCAAUAAGAGGUCACGGUGGGACAGGGCGAGAGGUGGAAUGUGCUAUCUUUGUCAAUUCUCAGAAGAGUCCAAGUCUUAGCUUAGUUGUAAGGGCUUCAGGAACUAGCCAAAUAGGAGAAGCAGGCCAGCUUAGGAUUUCCAGAAAUCAGUAUUGGGGGCCUCUUUUUCUACAUCCUUCAGUGUGAGCUAAAACCAUACUCUCUUCUGUAGGCUGGAAGUUUGUCCUUGAACACAAUUAUUUGUAAAAGUGACAAGUUCUUUUUAAAUCAUUAAAGCAAUUGUAGGUGAAGGGCA